AUGUCGUACCCGAUUUACAAAGUCGCUUAUCUUGGCCUUCCUCGCAAUCACCAUGCCACUUUUGUUGAAACUGACGCCAACGGCGGUGGGGUAGUCUUCCAUGUGACAGGAGAUAUACAGAACGGGAUGCGAUUUGAGACCAAGGCAGGUCUCUCGUAUAUUCGAACACCAAUUGAUGUCUUCGAUUUGCCUGGCGACGGUGGGACGCACAAAUGUCUAGUAUUCGAACCUAUGAGAGAGACUCUUUCCCAGUUCCAGCAAAGACUGCCACGGCAAAGGCUAGGGCUUUCCUUGUUUAAAGCGUACAUGUUUUGUCUUCUUCAAGCGCUGGACUACUUGCAUACAGACUGCCGUUUGAUCCAUACAGGUAUGAGUUUGGAUGACAACAUCAUGGUGACGAUUGAAGACGAUUCGGUGCUAGAAGACCUUGUUCAUUACUACAAGACCAACUCCCAACCUCGACACAUCCGAAAGGAAGAUGGGCGUGUGAUGUACCUGUCGCAUGAUGAGUUUGGUGGUCUACGAGGAACUAACUUUUUACCGCAGCUGACUGACUUUAAUCUCUGCUUCCCUGGAUUCCCUGAUAACCGGGGGCAUAUCUCUCCAAUCCAAUCUCACCGAUAUCCUGUGCCGGAGGUGUUUCUCGGCUGUCCAUGGUCUUAUGGCGCCGAUAUAUGGAAUCUCGGCUUAAUGCAGAUGUGGAACCUCUUGGAAAACACCAGCCUAUUCGAUCAUCCUGCAGGCGACGACGGGCAAUACGACGCACACGGCCAUCUUGCUCACAUGGUUUCUAUGCUUGGUGAUCCUCCCGCGGUUCUAAUUCAGAGAGAGCGCAUGUGCCGUAAGGCUAAACUCGGUAGAGUGAUUGUGAACCCGAAGGGUAAAGAGUGUGAAAUAAUGAACGAGUUCUGGGGAGGACCGUUUUUCGACAAGGACGGUACGUUGCGAAACGCAAAAGGGGAGACGCAAUUGUCUGACACGGUGACAGAGCUUGCUGGGGAGGAAAAGAGGCAGUUCUUGGACUUUGCUGGCUCUAUGCUGCAAUGGCUGCCUGAGAAGAGGAAGACUGCGAAAGAGCUUGUGCAGCAUCCCUUUCUUGAAGAUUUAAAGAUUCCUUGA